AUGGAUGAUCUCUUUGUGCUUUCCGAAGAACACUGUCACUAUCUACCAAAACCUGGAGGAAAGAGUGAGGUGUGGAAGUUCUUCGGUCUAAGAAAAGACGCAGAAGGCAUGGCUAUUGACGACGGGACAGUGUUCUGUAAAUCUUGCAACCGCGCAGUUGUUGCUCGAAAUGGCAACACGUCUAACUUGAGAGCUCACUUAAAAAACAAUCAUAAAAGUCUUUAUAACCAAUUGGGCCAGGGCUCAUCAGGAAAGCAAGUAGCUGUGACAGAAAGACAAGAGCCAAUAGUCAACUCUAUACUAAGAAGUCAGCCGUAUGGUCAUCAAAGUAAACGGUACAAAGAUUUGAAUACUGCCAUUGCACGAUUCCUCUGUAAAGAUGGUCUACCAAUUUACACAGUUGAAAAAGAAGGAUUUAAAGAACUAAUUAGGACACUUGAUAGUCGGUAUGAGCUACCAAAUAGAUCUCAUUUCACACGAAAUAUCAUACCUGAGCUGUAUUCAUCUACAAAAGAAAAGGUUGCUAGAAGAUUGUGUAGUGUGAAAUACUUUGCAGCUACCACUGAUAUUUGGUCAAGCAUUGGAUUAACUCCCUAUAUCAGCUAUACUCUACAUCACAUAACGCAAGACUGGGAUCUCGAGUCAAUUGCUCUCUCCAUUAGCUUUCUACCUGAUGACCAUACAGCUGAAGUGAUAAGUGAUGCUUUGGAAGACACUCUUCAAGAAUGGAAACUUUCUGCUGUCAAGCAAGUCUGCUUAACCACUGACAGCGCUGCUAACAUGGUUUCUGCUGCCAGAAACUUAGGGUUGACCAGAAUAUCAUGCUUUGGCCACAACUUACAUUUAGGAAUAACAAAAGCACUGGACAAGGACAGAAGAUGUGAUAGAGCUAUAGGUGUCGCCAAAAAGAUAGUCAGCCAUUUUUCGUGCAGUUGGAAAAAAAGACGAGAUCUUACCCUUGCUCAAGAUGUUAAAACCAGGUGGGGUACUACACAAAAAAUGAUAGCUAGGAUUCUAGAGCAACAACAGGCCAUCACAUUUGUUUUGAGCUCUGACAGAAAAUCAUCUCAUCUUAUUCCUUCUUGGCAGGACAUUGAUGUCUGGGGUGCUAUUAAUGAAGCUCUAUCACCAUUAGCUGAUUUUACAGAUAUAAUGUCUGGAGAAAAGUAUGUCACUGGUUCUUCGAUUCUGCCCAUUCUGAGUCUACUUAAGUCUUCAGUUUUAAAAGCAAAUCCUAAUGAUAAACCCAUGGCAAAUGAAAUACGUUCUGCCAUACUAUCAGAUCUAUCAAAUAGGUAUGUUGAACCAGAAGUUACUACUAUUUUGGAACUAACUUCCAUGAUUGAUCCUCGUUUCAAAGAAAAGCAUGUUUCAAAUCUCAAAGAAGUUAAGAGCAACAUUUGUGAAGAAGCAGUGAAGAUAUUUAAGGAGGAGACUGAGCAGCCAACUGAGCCAAGUGAGCUUACUAGUUCAACACCAUCAGCAUCAACAGACAGCUUACCACCACCUGCAAAAAAGAAGAAAGUUACACUAGCAACUCUGUUUAAAGAGCAUAAUUCUGAUAUAGCUGAUUCAUUAUGCUUAGAUAUAUCCCCUGAACAGAAAGUUCAAGCUGAACUUACUAAUUAUCUAAGGCAACCAAAAUCAGAUAUUGAGAAGAAUCCUCUGAAGUGGUGGAGGGAGCACAAGACUGUAUAUCCUCUCCUGUCAGGUGUUGCUCGUAAAUACUUAUGCUUUCCUGCCACAAGUACCCCCUCUGAACGACUCUUCAGUAGGAGUGGCAGGAUUGUGACACCAUUUAGAGCCUCAUUGAAGCCAGACACGGUGCAACAGCUAGUUUUUCUGUCGGCAAAUCUUGACCUUUAA